AUGGAUUCCCUCUUCACGCCUUAUCUUGUCACUGGUAUCUGUUCCGCUCUAGUUGUAGCAUGCUCGCUCGGUUUUCUUAGGCGUCCAAACCUCGAUCACAUCCCUGUCGUAGGACACUCAAGUUUACUAGCAUCGUACUGGUUCGGAAAGGGGCUUGAAGUCGACCAUGAUCGGUUCGUGCAGGAGGGAUACGAUAAAUACAAGUCUGGAGUAUUCAGGGUCGCUAACCUGACUCAUUGGAUCGUCUGUUUGCACCGCAGUCACCUCGAGUACCUGGCAAGGGCUCCCGAGGAUCACCUUUCGUUUGACCAUGCAACAAACAACUUGUUGAAAAUGGAAUAUACGUUCGGCUUGAAGUUUAACGACAACUAUCAAGUAUCCCUUGUUCAAUCGACUCUUACUCGCAACCUUUCAGUUCUAUAUGCAGAUGUGAGGGACGAGAUUGUUGCCGCAUGCAACGAGUACCUUGAUUUAAAGCACAACGAAUGGAAAGCCAUCUCAGUAGAACAUAUCGCUCUGCAGAUUGCGAGCAGGGCAAGCAAUCGGAUGUUUGUUGGCUUUCCUCUUUGCCGUGACCCCGACUGGCUCGAUUUGAAUAUAAAUAUCCCUCACGCGAAUUUUGACAGAUUGGUUGCAAAGGUUGUCACCAAUCUCUCCGGACGGACCAGUCGGGGAGUUACUUUGCUUGGUCCAGUCAUCAAGAAACGUCUGCAGCAUAUGGAAACAGAGGGCACCGACUGGUGUGAUAAACCGAAUGACUUCUUGCAAUGGUGCUUGGACACUAAACGGGAGACUUCGCUAACCUCAUUGACUCGACGUAUGAUUGUCAUUAAUUUUGGUGGCAUUCACACAACCUCAAGUACUUUCUCUCAGGCGCUGUUAAAUCUUGCCAAAAAUCCACAGCACGUACAGGCACUCCGCGACGAGGUAGAGCUAGUUGUUAGCAACCACGGAUGGACGAACGAGGCCCUUUCGAAGAUGCGAAAAGUCGAUAGUUUUUUGAAAGAGACUCUGCGUUUUGAAGGUAGUUCACUUUUGGGCCUUUCUCGGCAAGCCAUGAGUGAUAUCACACUCGCUGAUGGAACCUUCAUCCCUCGAGGGACCCUUUUAGCCUUCCCAGCAUAUGCCAUGCAUCACGAUGGCGCAGUGUAUGGAAACCCAAAGGCGUUCGAACCAUUUCGAUUUGCCGACCUGCAAAACGAAGGGUCUGAGGGUUCUAGGCGUCAGAUGGUCGCUGUAACUCCUGAUCUAUUGUCAUUCGGCUUGGGAAAACACGCAUGCCCUGGUCGGUUUUUUGCGGCUACUGUGCUCAAAACUAUGUUGGCACAUUUUGUCGUGUCGUAUGACGUGAAGCGGAAAGACGAUGAAUCUGUCCCAAACACCCUGCGCAUGGGAGAUGCCAUUGUGCCCAACCCCAUGGCUAAGGUCAUGAUCCGGAGAAGAGUCAAUUGACUGCCAUUUACCUGAGCACAAGAACUACUGGCUGACUUGUCAUGUGUGUUGUUGUAUUGUAUUUUCGACUUGCUUUCACGUUUUCCUCGUUGUUUCUAGUAUUUGCCUUCCACACUAGAUCUAUUUUUCUCCGUGAAC